UAGAAAAUUUUACUGCUCCACUCAAAUUAUACUGUCUCACUUUUUCAAGAAAAAGGAAAGGGCUUUUAAUGCUGAUCAAGCUUUUUGAAGUGUUAGAAGCUUUGCAUCAUUUAACAUUUUAAGAAGGCACAAUGCCAAGAUCAAGGGGAUCAGAAAUGCCUCAAAGGCAAUCUCCUCGAGCCCCUUCACAACUUAGAACAUCAAGCUCUGAGUCUGAUCCUCUACACCAUAGGCCAGUGACUGACCGGAGUCCUAAAUUAGGUGAUCGUCGCUCUCCACGUGGUGCUCAAUCUGAUCCACUGAAUCAAAGGAAACUUGGAACAAGAAUUGCAGAUUUGGAAUCUCAACUUGGCCAAGCACAGGAUGAGCUCAAGUCCCUGAAAGGGCAGUUAGUUUCAGCUGAGGCUGCAAAAAAAGCAGCUCAAGAACAGCUUGAGAAGAAAACCAAGAAGCCAACUGUUGUUGAGUCUGACCAAAUCCAAGAAACCAACAAUGACAAUGACAACAGAAUCAAUCCAAGUCAUGAAAUUCAAGAUGACGAUGAAAUGAAAGAAACAGAUGUGUUUGAAGUUCCAGUUGAGAAGUUAACUGUGGAGCCUCCUCCAAGUGUUGAAGUUAGCCACCCCUCUACUGAAGAUGACUUGAAAAGUUCAAGUCUUUCACCUGAUGAACGGGUGAAACCAUCAUUUGAAGAGCUGAAUUUGAAGGAUGAAGAGAUUAGUUCACUGAAAUCCAAGUUGGAGGAGAAAGAAAAAGAACUUGAGGUUUUCAGCCAAGAAAAUGAAAACCUGAAAAAGGAGCUGAAUGAAAAGAUGCAAGAGAUAUCAUCCACUAAGGCCAAGGAAGACGAAACGAGCCUCAAGCUAGACCAAGUAACACAAGAGCUGGAAACAAGCAAGAAUGAUGGACUUAAUUUAAAGGAGAAACUUGAAGCCACUGAGAAGGCAAAAGAGGCAUUAGAAGCUGAGAUGAAGAAACUAAGAGUCCAAACAGAACAAUGGAGGAAAGCUGCAGAUGCUGCAGCAGCAAUAUUAGCUGGAGGAGGUGUGGAGAUGAACGGGAGAAGGCUACCGGAGAGGUGUGGAUCAAUGGAUAAGCACUUUGGUAAUGUAUUUGAACCAGGUGUUGGCGGAUAUGGCAGUUACAUGGGUUCACCAGGGUUAGUUGAUGAUUCAGACGAUGUUUUUGGACAUGGCAAGAGAAAAGGUUCUGGUAUUAAGAUGUUUGGUGACCUCUGGAAGAAGAAGGGCCACAAAUAAGUGUCAUUUUGAUCGUCAUGUUUUGCCAGCUGAAUGGCCGCUCGCCAUUUUAUGUUUAUUGGCUAAUGUAUGAAUCUUCUUCUUGGCAUCUGGCCAAUACUA